CGAGCGUAACGUCUCUGCGCACCCACCCACCCCUUCCUAUUACGCACAAUACUACCUACUAAGUGAUUGUGCGGUCUUGACGUCUCCAUCGACGUGAGACAUGCUCUGCUACUCUACUUACCUAAGACGCCGAUGUCACUGUGUCGUCGUUUCGGCCUGGCCGCCUGGAUUCGAUUCGCAUCGCCUGAUUGUUUGUCUGAGUGCUGGACUGAUGGAGUGUGCUUGCGUGUGCGCUCCCGUCUGCUGCCUUGUUGGUUCUCUGUUUCUCUGUCGUCGUCAUGUUUCGUCUUGGGCUGCAUCUUCGUCUUUGGCUUCGUCUGCGUCUCUUUCGCUGCCGCUUCGUGUCGUCGAGUCCUUAGUAUCUCUCUCUCUCUCUCUCUAGGCUCUCCACGGUCUUGCUCGUUACCAUAUCCUAGCCCUCAUUCUCCAGCACCACCAUGACCGGCCUGUCCUACCACAUGCACGCCUGACCCGUCUUCGUCCUUUUCUCCCUCGCCAGCCAGCGACAACCCCUCCAAUGAAUGAGCCGAGCCACCAAUCGGCUAGGCCCGUCUGUCUAUCCCUCCUCUUCCUCUCUG